AAAAAGUGAGGCUACUCAAAAAUGGAUCUUGGAUCAUUUUCGGUUUAUAUUAUUCUGUGACAAAUGACUCAGUCUAUUUUUAUACAAGUUGGUCAAUGUGGUAACCAAAUUGGACAUCGUUUUUGGGAUUUGGCUUUAAGAGAACAUUCAAGUGUAAACGAAGUUGGUAAUGUUUAGAUGUCAAAAUAACUAAUUUAGAAAAACCUUUAUGAUGGUGCUAUGUCUUCAUUCUUUUUGAAUGGUGCCGGCGAUGACGGUGGCUUUUUACCUAAAAUUUCUGGCCUCAAAGCUCGUGUACCUGGAAUUACUUUAUAGUCAUAGUCCUAAGGCUUUGCUUGUAGAUAUGGAAGAAGGUGUCGUCUGUGAGAUGUUAAAAGGACCUUUAAAGAAUCUAUAUGAUGCUCGUUAUUUCAUCACAGACGUUUCAGGCUCUGGAAAUAAUUGGGCAGUUGGUAACUUGCAUUAUGGUCAUAUACAUCAUGAUGAACUUGCUGACGCUAUAAGAAAGUCCGCGGAGCUCUGCGAUUAUUUACAGUGCUUCUUUAUACUUCAUUCAAUGGGUGGAGGUACGGGUUCCGGAGUAGGCACUCAUAUUUUGAAAAUUCUUGCGGAUGAAUACCCUGAUGUCUAUAGAAUGGACACUGCCGUAUUUCCUUCAAUGGAUGACGAUGUUAUUACAUCUCCAUAUAACACGGUUUUGGCUCUCAAUCAGCUGUCUGAGUUUGCAAACUGCGUAAUGCCCAUUGAUAAUAUGGCUCUCACAAAUAUAAUAAGGAGGGCCAGAGCUCCUCCUGAACACUCCAAGAGUUUUGAAAAUGCCAUAAAACAGCGAGAAUCCAGUGUGAAGCCGACGAAAUCAAGAAAACCCUUCGAUGAAAUGAAUAACAUCGUUGCAAAUAUGCUUUUAAAUCUAACAAGCUCUUCUCGUUUCGAGGGCACUAUGAACGUUGAUUUGAAUGAGAUUAGCAUGAAUUUAGUCCCAUUUCCUCGGUUGCAUUAUCUUAUUGCUGCACAAAGUCCUCUAAAUAUGACUGAUCGAGUGUCAGCUCCUAGAAAGCUUGACCAAAUAUUUGCGGAUGCGUUCACGAAAGACUAUCAGUUAAUGUCCACUGAUCCUUGUCGACAUGUUUAUAUGGCAGCUGCUUUACUUGUGCGUGGUGCAAUUAAUGCAACAGAUAUCCACCGGAAUAUUGAAAAAUUACGCUCUCGUUUACGCUUUGUCCCGUGGAAUCGAGAAGGAUGGAAAGUUGGACAUUGUUUAGUUCCACCGGUUAACCAUGUAUAUUCUCUGCUGGCUCUUUCUAAUAACACUUCUAUUCAUGAAUCAUUUAGCCUUAUUUUAGAGAGGUUUUAUAAACUUUAUCGAAGAAAGGCUCAUUUACAUCAUUACACUAGUGUAGACGGUUUUGAUGCCAGUAUGUUUGAGUCGAGUGUUAACUCACUUCAAGAUUUAGUGGUCCAGUAUAUUGAUUUUGAGAAACAAGCCCGCUGUCAAACUUCACCGGAUUUACCACGACUGGAGAUUAUGGAUUGAGUGAAUUGAAAUGUGCACAUAUGCGUUUACCACAUUGCUGCCAAUUUCUGUAUAUUACUUUGUAUUAUAAGCGUAACAGUGUUACACAAUAUGAUUGUCGUUUUUUUUCGUUUCUUUCCUCUUCUGUAAAUAAAUUUGUUCUCUA